AUGUCCGCUGAUACCAAGACCCUGAACGACCUCAUCAAGGCCACCCAGGACCAGACCGAGGCCGGGGACAGAAAGGCCGAGGCCGCAAAGGUUGGCGACGAAGUCAAGCGUCUCGGUAUCGUCAAGGCCUUCCACGAUGGCAAUCUCAUCAAGACCCUCACCACCUUGCUCGAGAGCAAGAAGCAAGCCAACUUUCGGGAAGCAGCCUACGACAUCCUCGCCAGCGUAAGCAAAGCAGUCGGACAGGCUGGUGAGCCCUAUCUUAUCCCAUUGGUCCCCAAGGUCCUGGAUGGAUAUGCCGACAAGGUUGCCUCGGUCCGUGAGGCUGCAGAGGAGGCCAGCAAGGCUAUCAUGGCCCUACCCUCUCGCUAUGCUGUCAAGCUGCUGUUGCCUGUCCUCUUUGAUUCGAUCGAGAAUGGACGCUGGCAGUCCCAGUGCGGAAGUCUUCAGCUCCUUACUGGACUCUCAAAGACCUCACCCAAGCAAAUUAGUCUAUGCCUCUCAGAGAUUGUCCCAGUCCUCAGCGCCAGCAUGUGGUCCACUCGUCCCGAGGUUCGCGCCGAGGCCACCAAAACCACGACUGCCUGCUUCGAGGUCGUCGGUAACCCCGAUCUGACCUCAUCUAUCCCUUACCUGGUCGGAUGCAUCAAUCGCCCCGAGGAGGCACCAGAGUGCAUCCAUCAGCUAGCGUCGACCACAUUCGUUACUACAGUCGAAGCCCCAACGCUCGCCAUCAUGAACCCUCUGCUCAUCCGCGGUUUGGCCGAGCGAUCACCCGCCAUCCAGCGUCAGACCGCUGUUAUCAUCGACAACAUGUGCAAGCUCGUGGAGAACCCCGCUCACGCCCAUCAGUUCUUACCUAAGCUAUUGCCUGGACUGGACCGUAUGAUCGAAAUCGCUGCCUCUCCCGAACUCCGCUCCGUUGCUGAGCGCGCCCGCGCUACCUUGGUUCGAGUCGGAGGAGGAGAGAAGGCCCAGGAGGAGAGCACAGUCAACAUUGCUUAUGAGGUCAAGCCCGCAGAGGUGCUCGAGACUCUCAAAAAGACCAUCGGGUCUGCACUCAAGGUUAACGAUUUUGUGCUGACCAGCUUGAACUACAGCGCCACCCUUUGCUCCGAAUUGAUCACAAGCCGCGACUUUGAGGCCGAUGCAUGGCAUGCCUCCAUCGUCCCUUACCUGUUGACCUUUAUCUCCAAGGACGAGGCCAAGCGUGUUGCGAGCGAGGUCCACAAGUUCUACGUCGACUUUGAUGCCAAGAACACUCUUGCGAAUGCCGCUGUUGCAGAUGUCGAGGAGGGUGAGCUCCUGUGCGACUGCGAGUUCUCUCUCGCCUAUGGCGGUAUGAUCUUGCUGAACAAGACCCGCCUCAAUCUUCGCCGCGGCCAGCGUUAUGGUCUCUGUGGUCCCAACGGUGUCGGCAAGUCGACUCUCAUGCGUGCUAUCGCCGAUGGACAGCUCGAGGGCUUCCCUCCACCAGAUGAGCUGCGCACAGUCUUUGUCGAGCACAAUUUGCAGGCAGAGGAGGCUGAUCUGCCCGUUGUUGAAUUCAUGUUUGCGGAUCCCAAGCUCGAUAACAUUCCCCACGAGGAGGUCGUUGAGAGGCUGACCAGCGUCGGAUUCACGCCUGCGAUGCAGCAGCAAGCUGUGGGCUCUCUUUCGGGUGGCUGGAAGAUGAAGCUGGAGUUGGCCCGUGCCAUGUUGAUGAACGCCGAUAUUCUACUUCUGGACGAACCCACCAACCAUUUGGACGUCCAUAAUGUCGCUUGGCUUGAGAACUACCUCACCAGCUUGACCAAUGUCACCUCGAUGAUCGUGUCACACGACUCCAGUUUUUUGGAUACUGUCUGCACAGGUAUCAUCCACUACGAGAGCCGCAAGCUUAAGAAGUACCGUGGUAACCUGUCCAAGUUCGUUGAGCAGUACCCCGAUGCCAAGUCCUACUACGAACUCAAGUCUUCUUUGGUCUCGUACAAGCUGCCCGAGCCCGGUUUCUUGGAUGGCGUCAAGUCCAAAGACAAAUCUUUGCUUCGCUUUACCAACAUCUCGUUCACGUAUCCAGGCAAUACUGUGCCUACGAUCAAACACAUGUCAGCGCAGAUUUCACUCAACUCCCGAGUGGCUGUCAUUGGUCCCAACGGAGCUGGUAAAUCGACUUUGAUUAAGGUCGUGACUGGAGAGACCGUCCCCCAGGACGGCGAGGUUAUCAAGCACCCCAACUUGCGCGUGGCCUAUGUUGCCCAGCAUGCCUUCCACCACGUCGAGCAGCACUUGACCAAGACCCCCAACGAGUAUAUUCGCUGGCGUUACCAGUACGGUGAAGACCGUGAGUUGGCAAGCAAGGCCAGUCGUCAGAUCACUCCCGAGGAAGAGGCACAGAUGAAGAAGCUGAUUCAGUGGGAGAUCAAUGAGAAGAUCGAGAAGCUCCAGAUCGAGGAUAUUUAUGGUCGUCGCAAGGCCAAGCGCUCAUUCGAGUACGAGGUUCAGUGGGUUGGCCGCACUUACGAGGACAACGCCUGGAUUUCCCGUGAGAAGUUGGAGGAGUGGGGCUUUGAAAAGCUGGUUCAGUCGUUUGAUGACAAGGAGGCGGCCCGCGCUGGAGCCUGGACCCGUUCAUUGACGGCCGUUGAGGUCGAGAGGCACUUGGGUGACCUCGGAUUGCCUGCAGAGUUCGCGACGCAUAGCCACAUCAAGGGUCUUUCGGGUGGUCAGAAGGUCAAGGUGGUUCUUGCGGCAGCCAUGUGGCUGAACCCACACGUCUUGGUUCUGGAUGAGCCCACGAACUACCUGGAUCGCGAUUCCUUGGGCGCAUUGACGGAAGCCCUGAGGGAGUUUGGCGGUGGUGUUGUGAUCAUUUCUCACCACCGUGAUUUUACAGAGGCCAUCUGCACAGAGACAUGGAGCAUCAAUGCUGGAGAGCUGACGGUGACGGGCAACAACUACACACAACGCGCGGAGAGCAAGAUUGUGCAGAAGGAAGCGGAUACGAAGAUCGAUGCGUUCGGUAACAUUGAGAAGGUCAAGUCAACGCGCAAGUUGUCGCGCAAGGAGUUGAAGGAGAAGCAGAAGCGCCGUGCAGCAGCGAAGAAGCGUGGCGAGGAAGUGUCGGAAAGUGAGGAUGAGCUGUAA